AUGAGGCACGAAGAAGACCGGUUCCAAAAGCAUCCAUGCUGCGGCUUAAUCCGAGGAAAGCAGCCACAGCGUCAGCACGAAGCAAAUGUGUCGCUGCAACAUUGUGACAAAAUGUACAUUCAGCUGGAUCAAGGUCCGGUGAACGGUACUUUCUCUUCCCCUGAUUUUCCAAGCAAUUAUCCAAGAAAUCUCCAGUGCAUCUAUACAUUCAUCGCUAAGCCUACCCAACGGGUGCGAUUGAAGUUUACUGACUUUCAGCUGACUGGCAAUGCGCUAAAAUGCGAGGAUCAUAUCGACAUUUACGCAGAGCUGGAGAAGCCGGAUGUCGAACGCCUCGUUCAUCACCAGAUGAUUCGCUACUGUGGCACCAUCUCGCCGCAGAUUCGCAUUUCCUUGCACAACGUCAUCGUCAUCGUUUUCCAUGUCAGAGAAAAUAGCGCUGGUGCCAAAGGAUUUCACGGCACUUAUAGUUUCAUUCCCAAGGUUCAUAAACAGAUCAAGGCAAUGGGCGAUUUGAGUACGCAGCAACAUAUGGAAGAUGCAUCUCGCAUCAACUUCUUGUUCGUUAGAGCCACCUCGAACUCACCGAGAACGACGCUUCUGCUAAAUUUAGUCGAAGAUCGAUUACCACCAAGUGGCGAUUGGAUCCCGAUGCGAGUCUCAAGUAACGAGAUGCGCUAUUUACAGCUGAUCAUUGUAUGA